AAAGCGACGCAAGCAGCCGCGACGCCAUUUGUCGCGGCCCAGCGUGGGUGCAAGCGGAUCUCGGAAGAGCUCGGUUGUUAGAUUCUCGCGCGCGCGCGAUCCGCUCUCCCCCGCCUGCUUCGUGUCACGCUGUCCCACGCGUCGCCCCUCGGAGGAGUCGCCGCCGCCACCCAGAUAGGAGUCGGAGACGCUGCGAGGCCGUCGUCACCGCCAUGCCUAAGAAUAAAGGUAAAGGAGGUAAAAAUAGACGCAGAGGUAAGAAUGAGAAUGAAUCUGAAAAGAGAGAGCUGGUGUUCAAAGAAGAUGGGCAAGAGUAUGCUCAGGUAAUCAAAAUGUUGGGAAAUGGACGAUUAGAAGCGAUGUGUUUUGAUGGUGUAAAGAGGUUAUGUCACAUCAGAGGGAAACUGAGAAAAAAGGUCUGGAUAAAUACCUCAGACAUUAUAUUGGUUGGUCUACGGGAUUACCAGGAUAAUAAAGCUGAUGUAAUUUUAAAAUACAAUGCAGAUGAGGCUAGAAGUCUGAAGGCAUAUGGCGAACUUCCAGAACAUGCUAAAAUCAAUGAAACUGAUACAUUUGGUCCUGGAGAUGAUGAUGAAAUCCAGUUUGAUGACAUUGGAGAUGAUGAUGAAGACAUUGAUGAUAUCUAAGUCGAACUCAACCUUUCACAUUCCACUUUCUUUGAGGAUUAUUCAACAAUUUGGAUUUGGGCUGUGACCCAUUAAAGAAGAUUAAAAUUUCAUUAGCAUGAGUGCAGUUUGUUAAAGCAGACUGAUUUGUUUCUAAGGUAUUUCUUUAAAAACUAGUAAUGCUGAAUUCUCUUAAAUGUUAAACCCACUUUGUUCUUUUGAUGUGACGGAGCUUGUGGGUAAAAGACCACAUCUGCUCUUCUAAAAGAAAAAAAAUGCGUUAACUGCCUUUCCCACUUUGACCACUUCCAGUAAGUAAAUGGAUGUUUUGAGUAAAACCAUUUGCCGUACACGCAUUAUGUACUUAUUUUUUUUUUUUGUGGUACGCGGGCCUCUCACUGCUGUGAGCCUCUCCCGUUGCGGAGCGCAGGCUCAGCGGCCAUGGCUCACGGGCCUAGCCGCUCCGCGGCAUGUGGGAUCUUCCCGGACCGGGACACGAACCCGUGUCCCCUGCAUCGGCAGGCGGACUCUCAACCACUGCGCCACCAGGGAAGCCCCGUACACGCAUUAUGAAUCAUAAUUAAGCCCUAGUUUUGACUAGCCUGUUUACUGUACAAUGAAUUUUUGUAUAUUCCAGUUACUUACAUGAAUUUUCCCUUGAGAUUUUGGUACAGUUUAAUGGAGGCAGAAAUCUGCAUUUAAAGUGAAAAAUGAUUGGUCUGUUUUUCAUAUUUAAGUAGCAUGUGGCUAUUUUUAUACUGAUUUUGAUAUUGUAUACAUUCUUUUCAUGAUCUUAUUUUGCCACUAUAAACAUCAACAAAAAAGGCGGUUUUUAGAACCUGAGUUUUAAUAGCAGUUUUGAAUUUGUAAAGUUGGUAGUUGCAGAAAUCAAACACUAGGUGGCACCCAGUUAUCUUAACAUUGGAGAUACUGAUAUAGUUGUCAACUUUUUUUUUUUUUAACUUACUGUGCAUAGAAAAUUCCCAAACAACAAAAGAUUGUUUUGAACAUAUGCAUGUAUGUAGAAUAUUUUUGCAGAACAAAAGGAUUAUGUUCAAAGUGUCGUUUUAUUUUCAGAAGUCAUAUACGUGUGAGCUACAAUUUUGAGUGCUUUAUAAACACUUAAACUAUGUGUAAAUGAAAAUUUAAUUUCAUAACAGUUUGUACAAAUUAAGCCUUUGGGAAAGUAUCCCUAAGCUGGGGAAAGAGGAGGGAAUAACAACUUAAUGAAAAGACGGUCUCUUAUUUCUGAAUGGAAGAACUACAUACAGUGGAGAAAUAUAAUAAAGACAGUAUCAUGCUGCAGAGUAUAUUAUACCCUUA